GAAACGUCAUUUCAACGAUUGAUUUUCUGAAGUUUUGUUUUGUUUGCGUUUUUCCGCGAAGAUAUACACAGUUUUUCCACUAACUACGUUGCUAAAUAUGUGCAAAUUAUCUUUAGCAAAUAUUGAAUAAUGUAAAACAGCCAUGAACGUGCUUGAAAGGGCCGAAAAGGCCUUAGAAUACUUGAAAUCCGUCGAAGGCUCUACGAAGACUCAUGAGCUCCAGGCGGCAGCUGGUACGCUGGGGCGGUGUCUAGGCGCGUUAGGAAGUCGACAAAACUGCGCUAGACACUAUGGAAAUCUUCUGCACUCUGCCAUACCGACAUUAUUGGCUCUGGCAAGCAACGAUAGUGCGGAAAUUCGACUAGUGGGUGAUGAAGCCUUGAACAGAGCAGUAGUGGGGGGAUUUGCAUUCCACUCCCACAAAACUAAUAUUAUUCUGCAGAAUCAAAUUGAUCCCACCAAAAACGCCAGAUGGAUCCGAGCAGCUCUCGCAAGAAUCCUCCUCGGAGAGAGCUGGCUGCGACCCGGUGUGGGCAAGAUCAGGAUGCAGGCUCAGCUCCUGUUCCCGAAGCUCAGCCAGAUUGUAAGGACCACAAGCCAAAUACAGCUUACGCUGGAGGCUUUAGAGAGCAAUUUGGAUCGGAUACUGUCUGCGCUGGUUGUUUAUACUACGGAUGAGGAAAUUGCUGAACUAUGCUCCGCCCUGCUCACUCACGUGGAGAGCACGGAAGCGGGCGUGCGACGGCCAGCAGCCGCGUGUGUCGCACUGUUGUGCUCGCACAAGGACUCUGUGCUGGCUGAGGUGUGCUCCGCCGUGUUCAAGAAGCUGUGGCCGACGACGAGCGACAACACGGUGGUUUUGGCGUGGUUCUGCGUGAUCAAGGCGCUGUUUCAGACUAACGAUGUGUCCAAAUUCGCGGACACUGACAUGUUUACGGUGCAGGAUUAUUUGCAGCUUUACUACCUAUGUAUCCAUUACAUAGAGCGAACCUCAACCGAACAUAACAUCCAAAACGCAGUACUGGAAUGCCUCAGCACUCUCCUAUCGCAAACCAGAGGGGAAUACAGGAAAGCCUUGUUGGAGAGGCAUCCGAGGAAGGUGUCUUUGGACCACAGGGAGGAAAAAAGACAUAGGAGGAAUAUUAGUAACGCGAGUAUAUCGUCUCGGGCGACUAUGGGCCCGCUGUCGGAACGUGAUUCAGAUCUACUGUUCAAAGGAGCCCUACAUUUGACUACACCCAGCCUUAGCGUUGAGGAUCUCACCAUUCAGACGCCAGACUCUCCGGCGAGUGAAAUGGACUUAGAAGAGAACACAGAACACUUGUCUAAAGAGCUGCUAAGUUACCACAAGAACCUGACCGAGAAGCUGCAGGAAAUCGAGGAGUCGGAGACGACAGAUGAGGACCAUGUAGACCAUGCAGGCUUUGAGAGUGGAGUUAAGGUAAAUAUAGGGGCGUCGACUGACGAUGACAUCCCACUGAAGUAUCUUGCCAGGUUGCUAGCCUCAAAGUUUCUUCUCACUGCUAAUAAAGGAGGCGUAAUACCUGACAGGGUUAUUCGAGUGUCGGUAAAGUCGUCAGCACUGAGCUGCAUGUCUGAGAUCCUUCACUUGUAUCCGCAAGCCAUUACCGUCUACUUGGACAAAGACGCGGAUGCCAAGUCACACAAUAUCUCCGGUUCAUCAGAAGGAACAGAUUACAACCAAGACCACAUAAACGACUUCAUCCUAGAACGAAACGUCUGCUACCAAGACUCCCUAACAGACUCCCUAACCCAGGACCUCCUAAACCGAAGCACGGACAGCCACACACCAUCGCAACAACUAUCCAAAAAAGACAGCAAAUCACUUGAAAAAUCUAUGGACAGCGUCGAACAAAAAAGCUCGUCCAAAGACGUCCAAAGCAAUAUCUUGGACAGCAAAGUUUUUACCAAAGAAUUAAUCGCAAGCGCAAUGACCGACAGCACCAACCCUAACAUGACCAAUAGUAAUUUCACUACAAAUUCCAAUAUGUCUUGCAGUAACGACCCUACUACAGGCUACCCUAUGUCAAGCAGCGGUGACAUUUUAUCAUCGAGCAUAGAUUUAGACAUGAAAUUCGAUCAUUUCGGUGAAUCCACCACCAAUUUGGACAACCUAGACGCUUUUAAAAGGGAAGAAAAGAAACGGGCUUUUAAAAGGACUGAUGAAGUACCUAGCAAAGAUGCUCCGAUUAUGGAAAUAAGUGAAGAUGGAAAUUUCGAGUUUCAGCACAUGUCUGAUGUUUUUAUUCUUUUUGAAGGUCAUUCGGACCCACAAAUUAGGGGGUUGGUGAGAGUGUGUAUAGGAAAUUAUUUGAGUACAGCCUUGGAGCUUUCACAUGGGGAUUAUAAUAGGUGGCGGAAUGUUAGUGUUUUGCCGAAGGAAGUCAGUGAUAAUAUCAGCGCUGAGAAGCUGGUGAAGAUCAUUUUAAAGGGCCUAACUGACGAAAUACACUCAGCAGUGAACCACACGCUCUCGUCUCUAACUAAGACUGCUAUUGCGUUGAGUGACGCAUCAACGUGGCCUCUGCUGUGGGACUGUAUCAACUCUCUCAUUUUUGUGGAGAGUAACAAGUAUUGGCUAUGCAGAGUUAAUUUGUGUAAGCUGUAUGAGAAAUUACCCUAUCAGAAGUUGUUUUUAUUGUACCCUGGUUUCCACGCAAAAAGUAAAAUAAUCGUGGAUACACUAUUUCGCCUUCUGGCCGACGAAGAUCAGAGGGUGAGGCAGGCCGCCGCUCAAACUAUAACCAACAUAAUACCAAAAAUCUUCAUCUCAAAACGGCACACCCCUACCACAAUGCUCGCGCAACUAACCAAAGAGCAGAGCCAACUGUUUACCUUCAACCGUCCAGGGUUGUCACUCGACCUGGUCAAAGAUAUGUACUUCUACUUCGAUCUGCCUGAGGAACUGAGAAGUGGAGAUUUACUGAAGGGGGGAAGUUUGAGGGUCGUUGUGGGCGAUGUCAUGUGGCGGUUGGUCGCGUGCAAUAGUAAAUUCUUUUCGCAAGGGCUACUAGAAUGCUUACAAGCCAUAUGCAAGAAGUGGUUGCCAUGGAAACACAAGGAGGCAUAUUCGGACCAAGGCAUCUUGAGCUACUGCCUCGAUACUCUGGACUAUUGCAAUGGAAGUGUGCCUAGGAGGACAUUGCUUCUAGAUAUUUGUAGGCUGGUUUAUCCUGUUGAAAUCCACAACAUAAUGAACAAGAAAACAGCCACAGACAUAUUCGAACGCGACUCCCAAACUAAAGACAAAUGGCAACACCUAGACGACGAACGAGUUUCGAGUUCAGCGGAGAAGUUUCUGCAAGUGACCCUGAAGAUGCUGAAUGUGCUGGUGCAUUUGAUUGAGGAUAUUAACCCUAAUGUGCAUUUGAAUAAGAGUGGUAUUGCGUUACCCGGGAGCCCGGUUAGGAGGAAAAGUACAGAACCUCAAGCCCGUCGCGGCAGCGUCCAAGACGGCGCAGACGACAGAAACAUGCGCAAGCGUCUUCCCACACCCGCCACCAGCAUGCGACCGACUUUCGCGGGACACUUCUUUACCGAACCCUUCUACAUGAAGCUGUAUGACAAUCUGAGGGCUACAUACUCCAACCAUAAGAUAAACCUCGACCCUAAAAGCAGUAUGUUCUACGAAUUCCUAACAACUGUGCUCAAUUGCCUGGCUAUACAACUAGAACUUUCAACUGAACGCGAAUUUGGUUCAGUCACAGAAGAGUUACUGUACUAUCUUAAAGUUAUUAUGCCACUUCGUUCCGACACGACUGUGUACUGUAUAACACAGCUAUUAAAAUGCUUAUUUGGUACUAAUAUGAUAACAGAAUAUACUGAUUUCAUGAGUAUAGAAGCGGUACCGAAGACUGAAGAGAAAGUUACAUUCUACGAUGAUGUUAUGUUAAUUAAUUCCUUAAGCCCUAUUGAGAGUGAAUCUAGAAGGAACAGUGUAUGUUCUAAUUCUAGUCAGAAACUUGCAUUAGAUAGUAAAAAUCCGGUGAUGAUAGAAGAGCGAAAAAUGUUGAUAGCUAUGGAGAAUUUCUCUAAGAAUAAGAUGGAUAGGAAGUGGAGUACUAAUAAAAAGGAGUUGGAGAGAUAUAUUAGGUUGUUUGAACCGGUUGUGAUACAAGCUUUAAAGAGCUAUACAAUGCAAAACGACAUACCACUCCAAUGUCGCGUGUUAAGCCUCCUAAGCCAGCUGCUAACUCUGAGGGUCAACUACUGCAUGCUAGACAGUGAGCAGAUCUUCAUCGCGUUCCUUAUCAAGCAACUCGAGUAUGUGGAACAACAUGAGAUACCUAAUUGCUGUGAUUUAGUCCAUAGUAUACUGAUGUUCUUAGUUCAACUGUCUUCCUCGAAACACCACACGAAGCAAAUAAUAGAAAUUCCUAAGCUAAUACAACUAUGCGACGGUCUAAUGGCAUCUGGCAAUCACUUGGAGUGUAUAGCAGGGUUGGAGCCAGUUAUCGUCAAAAUUUUCAGCAGCAUGGGUGGUGGUAGUGUAUUGGGAAGGCAACAGCAGCAAGAAGCGCAGGCCACAAGAGAAGUCCUGUUUUCAAUGUUGCAAAAAACUAUGGACCGACAAAAGGUCCUAGAACUUGUAUCCUGUGUCCUAUGUCUCUCGCAAGAGCACCCAGAGAGCUACUACCUCUGGUCGGAGCUGGCCUGCAACACGCUCCUGAACCUGCUGGCGAGCGCGUCCAUAGAGCUGGACAGCCGCAAUGCCAUCGCGUCACUGGAGAGGCUCAUAGAGUCCGUGUAUAAGGACGUGCUGCUGGAACAGACCAGGGUCGAGAUGCUGCUGAAGAUACUGUUCAAGGCGCCUGAACAGACAACAUCGCCACGCAAACUGAAAAUCCGCUACCUCGCCAUAACAAUGGUCAUCCUGCGGAAAAUACUCGUCCUCAUACCAGAGAGCGAAAUACUAUUAUCAAUAAACUACCUCAAAUCCUCCCAUAUUUCCCCUCAAUCCAUAUUUUUCAACGUCAAACCCGACGUAGACCCGCUAAACGUCCAAAAUGUCAACGAGAAUUGCGCGAAUUUGUCGCCAGAUGUCAUUCUAGUCAGGUUUUUGUUUAAAACUUUAACGUUUGCGAUAACUGAGGUGGACAACUGCCAUGAUGCGAUUGAGCUUGGCGAUGAAGAGUCUCAGAAUGGCUUGCUGUAUGCGGUGUGCGUGAAUAUUAUUGUGCAAGUGAAGCAUAUGCUGCAUUUAACAAGCGGCUGCCUCUUCCCCCUAACAGCCAAAACAGCGCAAAGCAUCCUGCACAACGAACAGAGCGGCCUCAACACCGGCCUGUACAGUCCCGACGAGAAUAUACCGCUCGACCUGCUCAAUCUGAUAUGCCUGCGCGCCGCGCAUCGGACGCCGCUGCUGACUGUACAUUGGUCGCAUUUGUUGAUAAGGCUAAACUUCCUAUCCCACAAGUACUGGCAGAAAUUAAUCGGUUUCGCCCGCGACCUUCCAUUGGGAGGUGGCGAUGCUCGGCCGUCGCCAGCGAACGCAUUACAAACAGCAUGCGUUCUGGCGUACUGCGAAUACUUCGUAGAGAACGGUCUCUCGGAAGCGGUUCAUCUGACAUGGCUACUUGUGAACCGCGUGCACAUCCUGACUACACAGUACGCGGAACGCGUAGUGCAAAGCUUACUGUUGAAAGUACAGGAGAACGCGGGAGCCUCUAGCUUGCUCCUGCAAUGUGUGGCGGCGCGCUGCCAGGGGUGUCUCAAGGACGAAUUCGCUCUAAACAUAUACAAAAUGCUGUCGUUGUGUCACGAAACCCAGUCCGGGGCCCUAGUGUUCCUCAUAUGUCGUAUUAUCGGCAAGCUGGAACCCGCUGUUGCUAUUCGAUUCGCAAACCUGGCCAUAGAUAGAUGCAGACUUCUGAAAGACAUGCCCGUGGAAGACAUAAACGUGCAGUUGACUAAAGAGGACGUUCAGGUGGCCUUAGAGAUGCUACAGAGGGAAAAGGUCCAUGUUCGAUACUCUUCCCUAGUAAUGGAAUUGAACUCCUUAGCGUCAUCAGUAUUCGAUCUGUCUCCAUUGGACCUGUCCCAAGACCGAGCCAUCAACCCGCAGUACAUAGUCACCACCAUAGUUGACGACCACUGGCUCGCCAACCAGGUUAAAGCCAGAUGCUGUCAAACCAACUGCGUUUUACCGAAGAUAUCCAAGCAAAAGGAGCUCGCUUCGCUAUUACUAAAUCUCUCAAAAGACGAGCUGUCAACCGUCAUCGCUUGCCCAGAGUUUGACAGGAAACUACUUAGCACCUUCUUCAAACUUAUCUGUGAUAAUUAUCUCAAAGAGUUUUUGGACGUGGCGUCCGCUUGCGAACGCAAAGAGUUAGAGCGAGACAAUAUCAGAGAACAGAGAGAGAUGAUUAAAAUACAUGAAGAAAUGAUAUCAUCCAUGGAUAGUAACAAAUUGAAUGUAGUCAACAGCCUACAAGUUUUCAAAAAGAGUGACAAAGAAUCAAAAUCACAGUUCUUUAUACCGGUCAAUGAAAAAGAGAAAUUCGGAAAUUUAGAAUUGACCGAUGAAGACACAGAAUUGAUUCCUCCACAGAUGUCAGAAUUAUACGAAGUCGCUAUAACCUCCUUUGACAAAAGUCUAUCUGAAAUAAUAAGGCUAUUCCCUAAGCAAAAUAGGCCUUUAAGCCAAUCUGAAAACUUUAACCUAACCGUAGAACAAACUAUAGAUAAAUAUACAAGAAGAUGCCAUCAAGUGUUUCAAGACAAAUUAUUCUAUCAAGAAUUCAUUACCGUCCAAACAAUUUUAAAAGGAUUCCUAGAAUCUAUGCAAAGGACUUUGACCCUUAUCGACGAUACCGACUGCGACUUAUUAGAGAAAUCUAUAGAGAGCAUACUACCAGGAUCUUUAGCGAAGAACAUAGCCAUAUUUUCCGUCAUAUCUUUACAGUAUUUGACGUUUUUGAUAAAGAAUAAAAAACUUGUGGAGAGUCCGGUGCAUACUGAUGUGUCAUUCCGAGCUAAUGUCACCGUGACAGAUGACGUGGUAGUUGACAGUGUCAUAGUGCUGACAGUUGACAAUGUGGCGGAGGCAUUGGGCUGUAAAGAUAUAUGGAGUGGGUUGAAUUUUGACAGCAAUGUUAAUCGGACGCAGUCUGCGAUCAGCUGUUUGUAUGCGAUUGUGAAGUAUCUAGUCAAGGACACCAAACCAAUAACACUAAAUAAAUACAUAGCGACCGACGAAGACCCCAAACCGGACAUAAUCAUCAUAGGAGACAAACUAGUCACCCUCAUCGAGUAUUGGGAAUCGAACUUGUGUACCGACGGAGCGAGUGACGUACUCGGCAAGUGCUAUAGGAAACCUAUUCAGAAGUUACUUGUCAGCCUGGCGAGACUGGACAUAGUAAGCAACGUGGCGCUCAUACCGCCCAUAGCUUGGUGUUCCGUGGAAGUGGUCUCCAAGAAGGACCAGCUCCAGAAGAUCGACCUGCCGCUCCAGGCCUUCCAGGAUAUGGACGUUUUGGAAGCCUUCUUAUUCAGAGUGAACCUAAUCGGUUGGUCGUCAAAGAAGCAGUUCGAAGAAAUUUGGGUGGUUCUCCUCGGCGCGCUGCAGGGCAACGGCGGGCAUUGGGCCGUGCGGGGAAUAACACAGUUGCUGACGGGCGCUAGGUGCGCUAGACACGUGCCUAGAGACCUGGGCAGGACGAGCCGAGGAAUACAGCGACUGCGCAACAUUCUAGUCGGCACUCCCUUCUUCUCACAACUGGACAACAUCAACUUGGAGCGGAUCCCACUCCUGAACGAUGACGCCCCGAGCUACCACUGUGCCGAAUACAAUGCCGAUUACCUCAAACUGGCUGCAGAUAUAACUGACUACGCGCCGUACUUCGUAAGAAAAGAAGUGAAGCGAGCAAGAAAGAACAGAGACGUCGACGUGAACAGCUGUCUGCAACUUCUAAUGGAUGUCACUUCUCAGAUGCUAGAUCCUAAGGCACCGACAGGCCUUGCGACCCGCCUAGCCUUACUGACCAGCCUGAUUUACUGCAGCGACGUAUACAGCGACGCGUCUCAAUGGCGGUGCGGCGCCGCGCAACUAAUAGCCCUGAGCGGGGCCCGGGGUGACAUCACUCAAUACAGUGCGGCCGGUAGAGCCCUACUCGCCGCCAUGCAACGCGCGUUGUGUGUGGAGAGGCAUGAUACGCAGGAACUCCAAACAGUUCACCAGAAGCUGCUAAAGUCUCUGACUUCCCCGUACGCGCCGCUGCGUCAGGCGGCGCUGCAGGGCUGCCUGCUGCAGCUCGGCGGCUCGCGGCGGCUCGUGGGCGCGCCCUCGCCCUACCAGGAGCUCGUCACGCAGCUGGCGCUCCACGUGCGGACACAUCUGCCGCACGACACCAGGUUGUCCCUAUAUGAACAGAGUCUCUACUGGGCCGUACUGUUCACUCUGAUAGAGCUCGGACACCCGGACCUCAUAAAUAUCGCUGUCGACUUCGUGCUAGCCAAGCCUAGGCACUACUGCAUAGAUCUAGUUGUCAAGGGCAUCUCAAACACAAUCCGGCAGCAGGUGUUGCCGAAAGAGCUGAAAAACAACGUGAUAGAGAAAUUGACGGAAAAUAUCAAGAAAUAUUCGGAGAGGCACGCCCUGAUGAUUCUGAUGGUACAUCUGUUCUCAGCUGACAACAAACUGCUAAGCCCAAAACUGACCUCAGACGUGUCCAACAUGGACCCAGACAUCCUAAUGAACUCAAUGGAACGCAUAACCCUCCUCUACAAACUCCUGCGCAAGUCCGAAAUGCCAGAGACCAAGCAAAUAAUAACGAAUGCACUUAAAUACUUCCUGCGAGAAACGCUGCCGCCCGCGGCGACUUUGAGUCGAGUUGUGAUCGAGUUUCUCGAGACUUGCAAGGAGAGCGAGAGGGAGAAGAUGGCGGCGCUUAGUGAGAGAGAGAGGGGGAUAGAAAGUGCGGUGUUGAAUGCUGAAGUUGUUUAUGAGGUAUUCGAGACAUCAGUAACCCAAGACCAGCUGCCAGUCCUCAGCGGCUGGAUUUUCGAGGCGCUUUGCCAUCUCCUCCACGGAAAAAUAUCCCCAAACCUACUCCCCUAUACCUUACUAACACUCCUCGUCUCCGCUUCGUCCGACAAACACAUACGCAAGAUCAUUCCCCUAUGCUACUACAUAUUAAGGCUAGGUUUCCACAGAUGUGCUGACGUGGAAUUUGGGUAUUUUACCGAUUUUGUUAAGUGUAAGGACGGGAUGAGUUUCAGUGAUAGGAGGCUGUUGUGUGUGGUGGCGAAGCAUUCUGGUUUCAGUGAUGGACAGUUGGAAAGGCUGAAGGAACUUUGCAGUAGUUAUGAUUGUUUGAGUGAAGUUAUGAUGUGUUUGGAUGCUUAAGAG